GAGUCUACCACUGCUUCAUCGUCUAGCGAAGCUACUACAACUACCACUACCACCACAAUGUCCUCCAGCGUAGCACCUACAGACACAACGCCUACCACUGCUUCAUCGUCUAGCGUAGCUACCACAACUACCACCACAAUGUCCACCACAAUGUCCUCCAGCGUAGCACCUACAGACACAACGCCUUCUACUGAGUCUACCACUGCUUCAUCGUCUAGCGAAGCUACCACAACUAUCAUCUACUGUAACAAUAACGACAAGCACAAUUUCUGCAUCAUCAAGUACAACUACUGCUUCAACUACUACUCAAAGAUCAACUUCGAACCCUCCAACUACUCCGGGCUUAACUGUUACUGUUAA